AUGGGGCCGAUGUUUCCACGCCUGUGCCUUUCGCUGAUCGCCUCCGUCUCGGCAGCGAUUUGGCAUUGGGCGGAGAAGCAAGGGCUGGGACUCCGUGAUUGGACGGACGUGGAAGUUUCACCCGAUGGUUCUGUGAUUAGCGCCGUCGCAACAUAUGGAGCCCUUGUCGUGUCCUUUGAUGGUGGUGAGACUUGGUAUUAUGGCGACAGUUCCGCAGAUUACAAGGCUGUAAGAAUCACCCCGGAUGGGUCCAAAAUCUUCACAGUGGCUCCUUAUACCGAUGGCGUAUGGAUCUGGACGCACCGUUUCACAAUCGGCAACAGCGUCUUUUGGAAUGUUGACAAGAAAUACGUCACUUCAGAUGCGUGGUAUGAUGUGGCAACGACGCCUGAUGGCGUCAUUAUCGCUGCCGUGGUUAACCCUGGCAACAUUUGGAUCAGCAGGGAUAGUGGCAGCACUUGGCAGGCAGAUAUUAGUGUUGGCUCCACCCAGGAGUGGUCAGGCAUUGCCAUGUCCGAUGAUGGAUCCAAGAUGUUGGCAGCAGCCUACAGAGCCAAGAUUUGGAUCAGUGGAGAUUCUGGGGACAUUUGGGAAGAGGUCGCCAGUAGCCCCAGCGAUGUAUGGUUCGAUGUGGCCGUCUCCUCAGAUGGAUCAAAGAUGAUUGCUGGAGGUCCGAGCCUUUUCAUCAGCUCGGAUGGUGGCACCACUUGGGCGCAGGCCUCCACAGUGGGAACGCGCCGUUUCUUUCAAUGGCAUGGCGUGGCCAUGUCUUCAGAUGGUUCCAAGAUGGCCGCCUGUGGCUACGGUCAUCCAGAAGGUUCCAUUUGGACCAGCAUGGAUGCUGGUGUUACCUGGCUACAGGAGGCGACCUUUGACACCGACGCAUACUUCUAUUCAGGUUACGACAUUAACUCUGGGAUGAUCACCAAAAUUUCUAUGUCUUCGGAUGGGUCUCAGAUGGUGGCCGUGUCCUCUUCACCUGGCUAUAUCAUGAUACGUGAACCGGGGACGAGCACCACCAUCACCACGAUGACGAAUACGACCACAGCAAGCACCAGGACGACCAGCCUCUCAACGUUCACCACCAGCACCGGCACAGAGACCACUGCAACAGCGACCAGCAGUACAGCCACGGUGGUCACCCGGACGAGCACCACAGGAAGCACCACCGGAAGCACCACCCUCGACGAGGAAACUUCUGCAGGGUCAGCUGUUUCCGCCUUGGGCCUUGCUCCUGGACAGGAGCCUGCACCUUGCGUAGCCUGCGUGCCAUGCCUGAGCUGGCUGACCGGAACUGGCGCCAGCGACAGCGCUCCCUUCAUCAUUACGGAUCACCCGGCCCGAAGGAAGGUCGAGGAGCGCUCCCAACUAGGUCCACUGGGUCAGCCCAAGGGGCCCAGCGCCACACUCUCGCCGGGCCAGAGUCGGUCGGCCACUUGGGCCUUCAGGUCUGACGAAGAUAAGGCGCCUACGUGGACCUUGUCAGAGAAGGGGAUUCCAUGUCAUCCGUUGCAACAGGAAGGGAAGACCUACCACGGCUGCCAUCCGGAUGGUUGGUGCUGUUUGGACAUCACCUGCUCCAAGACAGACCACUGCGACAUGGCGACCAAGGACCAGGCAACGCCCGGACCGCCCCUGCGGCUCCCGAGGGAUCCGGUGACCACGCCCUGUGAGCUGGAUGCCGGAGGCGAAACAUUCCACUGGGAUCCCGAGGAGGACUUGAACCUCAUGUUCGUGCUGCUUCAAGAAGACGUUGAAGGGUUGCAGGAGGAAGACCUGGAAAGCCUGGUGAAACUUAGCAGCUCCCAGCCUCUCAGGCUGGUGUUGAUGAGCUACAAGACCUCCAAAGAUGAGAUCCAGGAACUCAUGUCCAAAACGCAGCAGCAGUUGGAGCCCUUGAUCGCCGCUCUGACUCCGGAGGAGCGGGACCGCGCAAAGCAGAGCUUUGUUUUGGUCUCGCAGCCAGCGUGGCACAUUUCUUUCGACCGCUGCUGGUUGCCCUCAGUAACCCAUUCCUGGUCCAAAGAAGUCACUCUGCUGCAAUUUUCGUCGGAGUACGACUUCUCAGUCAGCACCCAGCCACAGAGUAUCCGUGGAGACUGGGCGAAGGAUGGCCUUGAGGAAGCUCUGAGCAAACCGUUGCGCUGGGUGGGUGGACUCUGUGAGGAACAGGAGAUGGAUCCCAGUUGGCCCGCUCCUAGCACUGCACUGUCGGGUUCCAUCGCACUGGUGGCCCGGGGAAGUUGCUCACACUAUCACAAGGCCCGCAGUGCACAGGACCGGGGUGCCGCGGGCAUCGUCAUCUUCAGCUACGGCGAGCAAACGGUGGCCAUGAGUUGCGCCGCACCGGAUCCUUGCGAUGAAGUUUUGCAGAUCCCCGUGCUGAUGAUCAGCAGGUCAUUGGGCGAAAGGCUGUUGGAGGAGUUGUUUCCCAACGUCACCAGCGACGACCAAGGCCCGGCGACGGAGCGGGAGGUCACCGCGACGUUGAGGUCGCAGAGACAGGGGCCCGACUUGGUGGGCGUUCUGGGAGGCGGUGGCUUGUGGUAUAACUCGCCCAUUGGCAUGUCCAGAUUGGCGGACGAGCUCAUUGGAAUGGAGUACCGCAGGAAGCUAUUGCAACGGAGGGAAGAGCUGUCGCAAAGUGGGGAUGUGCUGCGCAUUGAGGUGUUCAAGCUCGCCGCCUUCCCUGGGGGCCUCACCUUCCCCUGGCCUGCGAGCGAUGCGCAGACCAUCCGCGACGGCAAAUAUACGGAGCUGGAGGUGGAACUGGCGCUGGACUGCAAGGAUCAUUUAGAUGACAAUUGUCCCCCUUGGGACCAUGAACUCAACUUGUACCUCUGCAUCGAAGGUGUCUCUGCAAGUUCGGCCUGCCACGACCGUCGCCUCAGCGUGUCACGCUGGGUGACGCCCUACGGCCGAGAGGCGCAUUGGUUCAGCGCAAACACGGCGGCCCUGCCACUGCUGAGCUCCGCUGAGGCGGUGGCAGGUAAAGGCACGCUGCACCUCCACACAUGGCAACACUACACGGUGUCCUUGGUCUUCUGGUUCCGUCGGACGUCUAACCCGUCGCCGGUGCUGCCCAGAAGUCAAAUGCCCUUGUGGCUGGGAGGCCCCUUCGAUCUCAGCUACAACCCCUUGCAUCAGCCGGUGACCUUUGAGCUGCCCCCAGCGACCCAGCGAGUCACCUUGAGCGCAUUGAUCACAGGCCACGGAUGGGGCGUAGAUGAAGACAACUGCGCAGAGUUCUGCGACCAUUCCCAUCAUUUCUCCGUGAAUGGCGUCACCACUGGGCUGACGAAAGCGCAUCCGACUGCGGGCAACCAGGAUGGGUGCAAGACAAAGGUGUUUUUAGGAGUCGUGCCCAAUCAAUAUGGCACCUGGCCCUUCGGACGUGCUGGCUGGUGUCCGGGGCAACACGUGGACUGGUGGGAGGUCGACGUGACGCAAUGGUUGCAGGAGGGCUCCAACACCCUGACCUACCACGCCUACUUCAACGGCACGGACUACGAGCCCCAGCCCGGCGGCUUGGAGGAUGACCUGGGCUUCCCAGCAGAGAUUCACCUGGCCUCGGUGCUCACCUUCUAUUCGGAGGAGGGGCACCAACAGCCGGUCGAGCUAAAGCUGAAGCCGCUUCAGCCCUUGGAGAAUUCGCGACGUUCGGUUCUUUUUCCUUAG